AUGAUCAGAGAGUGCCUCAUCUGCGCGAGACUCAAGACACCACCGGUGCACCAGCAAGGACUACCGGCAGGAACGCUGGGAAAGGCCGCCGCCAUGGGCGUCGUAUCACUCGACCACGUGGGACCAAUACACGCGGGAGGCGCCGACUGGAAUAUCCUCGUCAUCAUAGACCACGCGACCCGAUAUAUGAUGGCCAAAAUCGUUUCAACGUUGGAUGCCAUGCAGACCUUCCAGACCUUCUAUCGGCACUGGGUAGUCCCGUUCGGGCCCCCGCGAAUAGUACUGACGGAGAACGGCAACAGCUUCCGAGAAACCUUCCGCGCCAAGGCAACGUACCAACUAGGAUUUAAGCGCCUGACCGCCGCGCCGUACCGACCGCAAGCAAACGGCAUCAACGAAGCCUCUCACCAAGAACUACACAACGUCCUCAAGGCCCUAUGGCAAGAAGGCAUCAGAGACAUAGAACUAACGGUAGAUGCAGCCACUCGCCUGCACAACGUAACGCCCCACUCCGCGAUAAACACGUCCCCGCACGUCUUCGGCAAACUCCCCAUCCUGGACAAAAUGCAGGACAUGACCCCGCUGAGCUCGGAACAAGAACGCAAGCAAGCGCAACAACAAAUGCUCCGAGAGCGAAUGGCCGAGUCUAUCCCUCUGGUUCUUUUUUUUGGAGCCUACAUCUCGUGGUUUUUCAGCCACGGACUACGUCUCUUUAUUCUGUUAACGGACUAA